AAUUUAUUUCCAAAGCUUUAUUUAUUGAGAAACAUGCAGAACUUCUUACAAUAACAAAUGGCACCAUUUUCUAUACCUGCUCCAUGUAUUAUACCUAUUCGAAUUCCUGUCCUUGGUGGUCCACGAAGUAUUGAUACAAAAACAAGAAUUGAACUUUUUUGUGACACUCAUAUAAAGCAUGUAGUGUUUUAUACUUUGGAUGGAACAAAACCACAGCCUUAUGCUGGAAUAGUGCAAGGAAGUAAAACUUUUAAGUAUACAGCACCAUUUUGCCUGCCACCGGGCAAAAUUACUGUCAAAGCUGUUGCAAUAAAUGCUGAAGUUCGUUCCAUGGACAGUAGUGUAGUGACUAAAUGUUUCGAUGUCAUAAAACUUGAUCCUGUAUUGCCUCAGCAACCAAAAGAAAAAAUGAAAGAGAAAAAAAUAAAAAGAUCUAGUCAUCGAAGAAAAGUGAAAGCAAAUUUGUUUAAUUCAGUUGAUGGAAGUUCACUCUCUGAAGGUAAGAAGAUACCUGUGACAGAAGAAAUGGAUAAUGACAAAUUAAAGCAAUCAUCCAGUGAAACAGAAAAAUGUAAUUUAAAUGAUAAAACUGGUAAUGAUGAGAAAACUGAAGCUGUAGGAAAACAGCUUGGAAUUUCUGCUGAAACAUCUUGUAGUCAUCCACUUUUGGAAGAUGAAGAUCUCCAAAUUGUAACAACAUGUAUUGAAGAUCUAGAUGUAACUGAUGAAGAUUCUUCAUCAUCUGAAGAUCAAAAAGUUUUUGUAGCCAGUGAUGAGACAGAACACAAUGAACAUGAUAAAAAGAAUUAUGUUCAUAAUGAAUCUUACUUUUUGGUUGGAAAAGAAACAAGUGCUGCUGUUUCUGAACCCCAUUUUUGUUGUAGCAAAUGUGAAGUAACUCUGCAGUGUUGUAUCUCAUGUCACAAAAUGAAUUUUGUUACCUCUAAAUAUUGCAUCCAGUGUGGAGAAAGGCUUGUUAAAGUGUGUUAUUUCUGUAAAGAACAGAAUCCAAUAAUUGCUACAUUUUGCCAAUAUUGUGGGAAAAAGCUGGAAGAUAAUGCUAAGGACAUUCCAGAAUUUUCUCAUAUGAAUCUUGCUGAUCAUAGCAUAAUGGUUAAGCCUGAAGUAAAAAAUGCUGAUGUGCAAGGUACUCCAGUGACUGUCAGCAAGUGUGUUCAAACACGCCCAGUAGUAAUUGGCAAACAAGCUGAUAAACAUAAAUCUGUUUGUGACUUAAAAAAAUUGCCAAAUCAUUCUCCUGGUCGAGGAUAUUGGCAUCAGCAGUUGGAUUAUAUUUGCAAUCACCUGAAGACCUAUGCAUAUAACAACAUGAUUUUUCGAAAUUCUAUCAGUGAACCAGUUUUGAGUGAUUUCAAGUCAGCUGAAGUGACAAAAAAUGAUGAUAGUGUUAUUGUUACUAUCACCUUUGCUCAGUUUGACUUUGCAAAAUAUAAGUCUGCAUUAUCUAAAGAAAGUGAAAAGAACAAGCAUUUAUAGCUUAAACUACCUUAUAUCAUCUAAAUUGAAACUUAUGGAAUGAAAAUCAAGUUCCAGGGUGUUAACUGUCAUGAAUUUGGAUGCUGAUUUUAUUGCUCAAAUGUGUCCCAAAUCAAUUGACAAUGUUACAUUUGUUUCUGAAAACUGUAUUUGAAUAUUAUAUUACAUAUUGAGAGAUAAUUAUGCCAAUAUUUAAUAGGAUUCUAUAAAUUAAGUGUUUGUGUAAAUUAAUAAUUCAAUGUUUAUUCAAAUAAUAUCUUUUUUCUUUUAAAAAGCUCAAGAAUUCUUAUAUUUAAAUGCAUCUAAUGCAAAUUUGUAUCAAAGUAUUCAUGUUUAUUUUUAUAAGAGAAAUAGUUUUUUAAUAUAUAAUGUACAUAUGGAUUGAAAUUGUACAGUUUAAUUUAGAUGUAAGAAUCUUUGAAACGCCAUUUACACGUUUCACAUGUUAAAUGCUUUUCUAAGCCUUCAUGUAAAAGUGGAUGCAUAGUUACAUUUUUUAGUGGCAUUUAAUUAUUAGCAGCACAAGAAUGUAUACGUUAAUUGUUUUAUACAGUACAAAUUCUUUAAUCCGGACGUCAAAGCUACAAACUUUCUGCGCAUGCGUAGCAAUUACGCAUUAAUGUAUAACAGAUGGUAUAAGCUAGGCUAA